ACCCGUGCAGAACUCCGUGCCUAAUGGUGAACACACAUAGAAGAUUACCAGAACUGUGUAGAAUUUGCAUUUGAUUCAAGAGCUUGUAAGAGUACUCAUCAUGGAGAAGCAGCAGAUUGUCUUGGGGAGCCGGGAUGGUGGGACUGUGUCUGGUGCGGCGCCUGCUUUUUUUGUCAUCUUGAAACAACAGCAGGGGAACGGUAAAGCUGACCAAGGAAUCCUAGUAGCAAACCAUGAUGCUUGUGCUCUUGCCAGCAGCGUAUCAACUCCAAUAAAAUCCAAAGUCAAGACCUGCCUCCCAGCUGACUGUGUCUCGGGAGGCAUUACUGUCACCCUAGAUAACAACAGUAUGUGGAAUGAAUUCUACCAUCGCAACACAGAGAUGAUUCUGACGAAACAGGGAAGGCGCAUGUUCCCAUACUGCCGAUACUGGAUUACAGGUCUGAAUGCUAAUCAGAAGUACAUCCUAGUCAUGGACAUAUCUCCUGUGGACAAUCACCGAUACAAGUGGAACGGCCGUUGGUGGGAGCCCAGUGGGAAGGCAGAACCACAUGUUCUCGGGCGAGUGUUUAUUCAUCCAGAAUCCCCUUCCACUGGCCACUACUGGAUGCACCAGCCUGUAUCCUUCUACAAACUCAAACUUACCAACAAUACCCUGGACCAGGAGGGUCAUAUAAUCUUGCAUUCUAUGCAUCGUUAUCUGCCACGACUUCACUUGGUGCCUGCAGACAGAGCCACAGAAGUCAUUCAGCUCAAUGGCCCUGAUGUCCAUACAUUUACCUUUCCACAGACAGAGUUCUUUGCAGUUACAGCCUACCAGAACAUCCAGAUUACCCAACUGAAAAUAGAUUACAAUCCUUUUGCUAAAGGAUUCAGAGAUGAUGGGUUGAACAGUCGACCUCAGCGUGAUGUGAAACAAAACAGUAACUUAGAAUUGGGUGAUGUUUUUAGUGCUGCUGGCAUUCGUGGUCCCCCUGCUGAAGUUGAUACGUUAGAUUUGCGUCACAGAAGUUUAGAUUCUUCAUUCAUUGGUCAAAACCCAUCAGACAUUGAUCUGGAAAAGGAGUCCUUUAAUGCGGAAAGGGACUUCCUGGGUUUCCUGGACACUGACCUGUCUUCAGGUGAUAUGCCAAAGCUAAAACAAGAAGUCUCUGAAAGUCCCAUUGCCAGCAGUUACGAAAGCAGUUCCCGUGUGGCAUCCCCGUUGGACCCAAAUGGACACUUUAAUGUAGUCAUUAAAGAGGAACCAGUAGAUGACUAUGACUAUGAGUCAAAUAUUUGCACACAAGGAGUAAGUGUGAAACAGGAAGACACAGAUGAAGAAACUGAUGAGUAUUCCAACACUGAUGAUGAUGAUCCCAUCCUACAAAAACACCUGAUGAGACGCAGUGGAACAGAUGGAAUUGAUGGAGAAUUCAGGUCUAGGAAGCGUGUGCUAACCGGACCUUCAGGUGUUGCCAAAGCAAAAAUGUUAAAACUGGAUAGUGGGAAGAUGCCUGUGGUCUAUUUGGAACCUUGUGCAGUCACAAAGAGCACAGUGAAGAUAUCUGAGUUGCCACAGACCAUGCUUUCCUCUUGCAAGAAGGAUAAAUCCUCUUUGAGUUCAAUACUGGAUUCCUUGCCUGUGUGUUUUGAAAAUCACAAAGGCUCUUGCUCAGGCACAGCCGCUGUAGCUGAGGAGUUAGUUAUGAAAAAACAAUCUUCUGGGACUAAAAUGUCGCAGAAAUACUCUUCAAUCAGAGACGCUCAAUGGGCUUUGUCUAAAUCACCGAAUUUUAAUCUCAGGGGCUCAGUAAGUUGUCACUUUUCAGCUAAAGAGAUCUGUGGAAGAAAAAGGCCUGGCAUACUGAAGAAUCCUAUGUCCCUGAAAGGCUCUGGUAGCAAUCAAAACACGCUAACAUCAGUUACAACUAAAAGAGGAAGGCCACGGAAACUGAAAAUUUCCAAGGCUGGUCGACCACCUAAAGGUAUAGGCAAAACUGUAAUAACAGGCAAGAACACCCCUCUGGGGCCUGGGAGUAUCCUUCCGGAUGUUAAGCCGGACCUUGAAGACGUUGAUGGAGUCCUCUUUGUGUCCUUUGCAUCAAAGGAAGCUCUUGACAUUCACACUGUUGAUAGACCUGGAGGAGAAGAGUCACAGAAUCUUCAGGCUCCCUUGUUGACUACAAAUGAUCCAGAUUGUCAAGCAAGAAUACAAGUACUGGAAAAGGAAUUGAUGGAAGAGCUGAAGACCUUGAGGCAUAAGCAAGUAAUACAUCCUAGUCUUCAGGAAGUGGGACUGAAGUUGAAUUCUGUGGACCCAACAAUGAGCAUUGACUUGAAAUACUUGGGUGUGCAACUUCCUCUUUCCUACUCAAAUUACUCUUUGUGGAGCUAUCCAGGAACCAAUCCUAAUUCCCCAGAUACCGGAUUUCCUUUUGUUUCCAGGACAGGAAAGACAAAUGAUUUCACAAAAAUCAAAGGCUGGCGAGGGAAGCUUCAUGGUGCUUCUAGAAAUGAAGGUAAAAAAAAAAAAGAGAGAUAGAUCAGUGUACAUAUUUCCAACAGGUGGCCUUUUUCUUGUCCUUCUGUAGAUNNNUACCUGGAAAAUGAAGGGAAGUUGAUGGAAACAAGUAUGGGAUUCUCUUCUAGUGCUCCCACUUCUCCUGUGGUGUAUCAGCUUCCCACUAAGAGCACUAGCUAUGUGCGAACACUUGACAGUGUUCUAAAGAAGCAGUCCACCAUAAUUCCAUCGACAUCUUACACGUUCAAGCCUGUCCCUCUGUCAUCUACCUCUAGGAAGACAAAGACUCAAACCAGACAGGCAUCUACAAACAGUAGAGUAAAAUCAUCUUACAAGCCUAUACUGCCUUCACCUUUUUCUGCAAAGCAGAAACAGAGCUCUUCUGCAUCAGGGGAAAAGGCUGCUAAGUCUGUCUCAAAUAGCAGUUCGACUAACCAAGCAGAUAGUUUCAUGGUGCCAGCUCUGGACGAAAACAUACUUCCAAAACAGAUUAGUUUGCGCCAAGCACCACAGCAGCAACAAGCAGCUCGUCCACCAGGUUUGUCUAAAUCUCAAGUGAAGUUAAUGGACUUGGAAGACUGUGCACUCUGGGAUGGCAAACCACGGACCUAUAUUACAGAAGAACGAGCAGACAUCUCUCUGGCAACCCUACUUACAGCUCAGGCUUCUCUCAAAAACAAACCUAUCCACAAAAUAAUAAGACGACGAGCACCUCCUUGCAAUAAUGAUUUCUGUCGACUGGGUUGCAUAUGUGCCAGUCUAGCACUGGAGAAACGUCAGCCUACCCACUGCCGCAGGCCAGACUGUAUGUUUGGUUGUACUUGCUUGAAGAGAAGAGUGUUGCUAGUGAAGGGAGGAUCAAAACAUAAGAAAAUAAUGAAAAAGGCUGUACGUGGAAAUCUUGUGUUCUAUGGAACACAGGAAGAUCAGCAAGAGGAUGAAGAUGUGGAAGAGGAGGGUGAUGGGGAAGAAGAUGAGCUGAAGCAGAAAGAUAAGAAGAAGAGAAAAAGGGUGGAAUACACUAUCUGUGACUCCGAGCCAGAACAGCCUAUAAGGAAUUGUCCAUUGUGGGUGAAAGUAGAAGGUGAAAUUGAUCCAGAACCAAUUUACAUCCCAACACCAUCUGUUAUUGAGCCAGUUAAAUCUGCGCUACUGCCCAACCCAGAAGUCUUGCUUUCUAGUAGGCAUAGAUCUUCCAGUGGAAUGAAACCAGGCAGAGUGUAUACUCCUAAACCCAAUCCAGUGAUUCGAGAGGAGGACAAGGAUCCUGUCUACUUGUACUUUGAAAGUAUGAUGACUUGUGCCAGGGUCCGAGCAUAUGAACGCAGGAGAGAGGAGAAAAAGCAACAAAAAGACAAAAGUGAUUCACAGAGUUCUAGUGUAAAGGAGCAUGAACCAGAGCCUCGGACUCCAGAGAAAGCAACCUGUGAGACAGACAAAGACAGUGAUAAAUCGAGAGAGAAAAGCUGGUGGUCUUCCCAUAGUGAGGGGGACUCUUCCACCUCCUAUGUUCAUCACACCACUCCAGGUGGACCAACCAAACUUAUCGAGAUUAUCUCUGACUGCAACUGGGAGGAAGAUCACAAUAAGGUCUUGACCAUCUUAUCACAACGUAUCAACAGUAACGCACCACAGUGCCUCAAAGUGGGUAGCUUCAUUAUCGAAUUGGCUUCAGAACACAAGGCCCAGGAUGAGAACCACCCUCCUGUCUACUCCUCCAGAGUGAAAAUUUCAGUGCCAUCCUACCAGGACAAGGAUGAGAAGCCUGAGAUACCUGUCUUGGAGACUCCUGAUAGCAGAGUGCCGUCACGCAAAACCCCAGAAAAUCUAAAGUUCUUACGGGCAGACACAUUGGACAAACUGCGGGAGAAGUUGCAUGGGGGCAAAGGCUUGCCUUUUUAUGCAGGAGUUUCUCCUGCAGGAAAGCUGGUCGUCUACAAACGCAAAGCUAAUAUGAGCCCCUCAGGCUUGAUUCAGGUUAAUGAUAAAAGGUAUCCUCAGGCCAAACUGCUUUUGGGACAGAUGGGGGCAUUACAUCCCGCCAAUCGGCUAGCAGCUUAUAUCACAGGCAGGCUGCGACCCACAGUACUUGAUAUCUCAACCCUCAGUACUGUGAUCUCCAAGGUAGCAUCCAAUGCUAAAGCACCUGCUUCUGGGACACCAUCAGUCCAGGUGCCCACAACAUCAACUCCCAAAACUACAUCUUCCACCAGCACUACUUCAACCCCCCCUGUGACGACUCUGAAAACCCAUGUCCCAGCACAGAGACAGAUAGCUGCCCGACCCUCACCUGGUGGUGUGUUCACACAGUUUGUGAUGAACAAAGCCGGAGCUCUGCAGCAGAAGAUUCCUGGAGUGAGCACACGCCAGCCUCUGUCAGGGCCACAGAAGUUCAGUAUCAAGCCUACGCCAAUAAUGGUUGUCGCUCCUGUGGUUCCCUCAAGGCCAUCUCCAGCUCAGUGCACAGUCUCUCCUGGGGUCACUACAGCCACCACCACUUCUCCAGUUACUGUGGAGAGUACCAGUGUGGCAGCAUCUACUGUGACCGCUCCUAGCCAAGCAAGAGCUAAUGACCCUGCCUGCUCUCCUCCUGCAGUUACAGUUACAGUUACAGCUGCUCCUGCAACACCUGGAAUCAAUACCUGUGCUACCCCCUCAUCCACUGCUCCUGCUGCCACUGUGAACGUAACAAAAGCAACAGGGAUUGUUGCACCGGUAGCAACCACAUCAUUCCCUAAAACUGUAGUAACAACCACAACUGUUGCUUGUUCUGUUGUCACAACAUCUACUUCUACAGUUGUACUAACAACAACUGCAACAGCUACAUCUGUGGUGACCACACCAACUUCCUCUGCUGGCUCUGUUCCGAUUAUAUUAUCAGGAGUUAAUUCAAGUCCUUCACUGAAUCCAAAAAGAGAAGAUGCUACUCCACAAGCUGUAAGUAAGACUCCCCAGAAGAUGUCUCCUGGAACAGAGAAACGCGUAGGACCUCGAUUGUUGCUGAUUCCAGUGCAUCAGACAUCUCCUGCUUUGCGACCGCUAAACAACACGCAGCUUGCUCAGAGGCAGAGGAUGGUCCUUCAGCCUCUCAGGAGCCCUGGUGGUGUGAACCUGUUCAGACAUCCGAACGGGCAGAUAAUUCAGCUUGUCCCUCUGCAUCAGUUUCGAGCUCCAGGUGCCCAGCCUAGUGUGCAGCCAAUGAUGUUCCGCAAUCCAGGAUCUGUUGUAGGAAUCCGGUUGCCUACACCUUCUAAGCCUCCUGAGUCACCUGUUUCUCCCACUUCGUCCGUGUCUUCCACUUCUCCUGCCUCAAAUUCAGCUGUACAAACUGCAGUACCCAAGUUAUCCCCUACAUCUACCGUAGCCACUCAAGCAUCUUCUCUUCUUCCUUCAGUAACAAGUUUUGUGUCACAGGCAGGCACUCUGACUCUGAGGAUCUCUCCUCCUGCUGCUAGCAACGUGACAAAUCAAACGGCCUCCGAGUCUAAAAUAACCUGCGGCUCAGGUGGUCUGCCAGCUACCACUGCCAAUCUCAUACCUUUACAAUCUGGUAGUUUUGCUUUACUUCAGCUCCCGGGACAGAAGACUGUUCCAAACUCCAUUCUUCACCAUUUUGCAUCUCUUCAGAUGAAGAAGGAUUAUAGGAAAAUAUGCAAGAAAGAAGACUGGGGUGCUGCUCAGCAGAAGGAGAAUGGGAAAGCUUCAUGCUCAGAUGACAUUGAAGUUACAGAGUCUGAGGUCACGGUGUCAGAUAGGAAACAAGAAGAAAAUGAGUUGUCAUGUAACAAGUCAAAUAACACUGAAGAGUUGGCAUCUGGCACAAUCACACCUGAUAGAAAUUCCACUAUGUUAGAGAUGGUGGAGAAAGACUCAAAGGUGCUAGAGAGUUCUUGUGAUGAUAGCUCUUCUCAGCAUGAUGUUUCCACAGAUGUCAUAUCGUCUGACCAUUCAUACAUCAGUGAGAAGCCAAAUGAUGAGGAAGAAAAAGGGGCCUCUGAGGAGAAAGAGGAUUCUUUCAGUUCUGAAACUGUAGUGGAAUCUGUUACAACUCACUCCGAAACUGUUUGUGGGUCAUCAGAUCAGUCUUUAGUUGCUCGUCUGGAUAAUGCACAUUCACAGAGUCUCGAGAAUCAGGAGACUGCACAGUUGAAGAACCAUGGGAAGGAACAAAUACAUGCUGAACAGGAAGAGAAAACAGUAAAAGAGCAAGAAGGAGAUGCACAGACACAGCUGAAGGAGGAUGAAAAGGCAAGUUCUGGGCAGUCAGAGAGUCAACAAGAGCAAGAUACACAGCUGGAAAACAAGAAGGAACAGAGAGGGACUGAACGGUCUCAGAACAAACAAGAAUGCCAGGGUGGUGCCAUGCAGCCAGAUACAGAAAGGAAGGAGAACAAGGGCUCUACAGAAGCAGAAAGCGUAAGAGAGAGAAAAGGAAGUAAGUCUGAAGUCAGUUCUGCAAAAGAGCAGGAUAAUGCUUCAGGAGAAGAGCAUACAGUGAGUACCGAGGAAGGCAAAGCAAAAGUAGCCAGGCAAGAAGGUAGUAACAACAAGGAACAAGGUGCUUUUGAUUCUCAGGAAGAAAUGAAAACGGGUCAUGAUAUUGUAACACAUGUCAACAGUUCUUGGAGCAAAAUAUCUAGCAUUGUACCUGCUUUAGAAAAUAAAAGUGAGGCAGAUAACAAAGCUGAUACAUCUGAGAAAAGUGACCUCCUGACGCCAGAACAGAGGGCACAGGAAGCCAGGCAUCACAAAAAGGGUUACAUGCCCACUAUUGAUAUAACUGCUGAUGAUAUGGAAGAGGAAGAAGAGGAAGAUGAUGAUGAGGAUGAAGAGGAUGAAAAAACUGAUGAUUCUGCUGAUGAGAUGCUGGAUGGUGCUUCUGACUUCCCAAGUGAAGAGGAAGUAGAUGUUGAAAAAGUGGAUGCGUGUGAAUACAGUGAGGAUGACGAGCAGGUGGACAUUGAGACCGUGGAGGAGCUUUCAGAGAAGAUUAACAUUGCCCGUCUGAAGGCCACAGCUGCUAAUAUCCGACCUUCCAAACAGAAAUACCAUGCUCGUAAUUCUUCGGAUGAAAAAUUAUCAGAAAAAGCUACGAAGCAGAAACCUCAAUUCUGGAACAGAAAGCUGAAGACUGAGGCAGAAGCCUUUGCUCAUUACCGCCAGACACACACUGCAAAUGAACGCCGGCGACGUAAUGAAAUGAGAGAUCUCUUUGAAAAGUUGAAGAAAACUCUGGGGUUACACAACCUUCCCAAGGUCUCUAAAUGCUACAUUCUCAAGCAAGCCUAUGAAGAAAUCCAAGGAUUGACUGAUCAGGCAGAUAAACUUAUUGGACAGAAGAACUUAUUGACACGCAAACAGGAUGUUUUGAUUCGAAAAGUAUCCACGCUUUCAGGGAAGACAGAAGAGGUCGUCCUGAAGAAGCUAGAAUACAUUUAUGCCAAACAAAAAGCGGUAGAAGCACAAAAAAAGAAGAAACAAGCUGAGCCAGAGGAAUCUGUUGUAACCUCAACUGCUAGCACACAGCCAGAAGGAUCUUCUGCUCCCACCGGAGAGCUGACCCAAGUGGCUAUGACAAACAGAAGAGGCAAACCGCUGAUACUCGCCAGAAAAGGAAGCCGUGCCACAGAGGACGCCUCAUCCUCUCUUACCCUAACUGCUGCAAGCCUAGUGAUGACUCCACAGGGGCAGGUGCUUACACUGAAGAGCCCUCUGGUACCAGGGCAGGUAGCAGCCGUUCCUUCCACACUAUUGCAAGCUGAAUUAAAGCCUCGAGCUGUCAGUACUACCAUGACAGCACAGCCAGAAAGCGAAGAUUCCUUCAUGAUGCCAAAGAUUGUAAAUGUAACAUCACUGGCUGCUGAGGGAAGCAUGAGUCUAAACCUGAACAGAAACAAAAAUUCUAAUAGAACAGCAGCUGCAGGUGCUCAGGCUUCUGAGAAAUCCUUGGCUGUAGCACCCCUUGAAAGUAGGAAGAGCGAUAGCAUCCUUUCAGAAGAAAAAGCCAAACCAUGUCCUGGAGACAGUGGAGGGGAUGGAAGAAAUACCACAGGCCCCACAAAAGUUUUCUUUGAAAAUAAACAUGGCUUUCCACAGCUCCGGAAUGUACCGUGUACAAAGGAACCUCCAGAGUCUUUUAGCAAAAAGCUCUGCAUUGGUGAGUUUGUAGGAAGCCAAGCCAGGAGGAAAGACGGUGAUCCUGGAGGGGAAAGAUUAAAAUCUAAAGAAUUGCCGUUCCGCAAGCUGCAGAUCAAAGACUCCAGGAUAGAAAUGGAAUUUAGGAAAGUAGCAUCUGCGAUGGAGGAAGCAGAACUGGAUGCAAGUGAGUUACUGAGCAGCAUUGAGGAGAGUGAUGACACCGAUGAAACCCUCACUUCACUGCUCAAUGAGAUUGCCUUCCUCAAUCAGCAGUUGAACGAUGAUGCUUCAGCUAUGUCAGAACUGCCCAGCACUCUGAACUCGGAUUUCUCUCGUGAAGAUGCAGAAGCUCGUCGGGGAACAGCCAGUGAUCUCGCUGCUGCAGAUGGGUCUUCCUUCCAGUUUGGCCACUUGGGAGGCAGUUUUAAGGACCUUUCUGAAGUUCCAGAGGGUGGUGGCUCUAUAAGCCCUCUCCUGCUGCACCUGGAAGAUGACGACCUUACUGACGGGGACAAGAACUCUGGGGAGCCUUCAUCUGAAGCAGAUGUUUUAAAGAUAGUAAUAGGUGCUGAAAUGAAGGAUUCACCUCCCAAUCUGUCCGCAACCAGUGGUGGGAAUGGCAAAACCGUAACAACCUUGGCAGAGACUGCUGGUGUGACUCCACCGGUUUUGCAGAUGAAAACUAAUCCGGAAGCUAGUAAUGCUGACACUUUGUGGAGGCCCAUGCCCAAGCUGGCACCACUUGGCUUAAAAGUGGCAAGUCUGCCAGCGGACUCAGAAGGGCAGGGUAAUAAAGUGAUGCCCUUAUUGGCACCCGUAGUUGCAAAACUGGCACCCAGUGGGGUGAAAAAUUCAUUACCUGCAACUGUUCAAGAAGGACAGGAUAACAAAGUGAUGCCCACGUUGGCACCUGUGGUUACGAAAUUGAAUACUACUGGGACCUUGCCUUCAAAUUCAGCAGGCAAAUAAAUGAAUAUAUUUUUUAUCAGAGACUGGAACGGAGAUCUGGAGCAGUGAACCAGUGUCGGAGUUAGGCGACCUCCCUUGUCUGCAACACUUGUUUUCUGUAUGGCAUCAGCACUCUCUUCAUGUGAGGGCAGGCCCCAAAUUGAGAAAUAAGUGCUAUGAAACUUUAAGCAUGUUGACAUAUUUUUACCUCACUCUCCUAUUCUGGGUGUUCUCCUUCCCCUUCACAAAACAAGGAAGAUGAUCUAUAACCAUUGCUGGGCACAUGGUAUCCUUCCAAAAUCGGGUCCUUCACAGAAAUUGUUUGUCCAAGGACUGAGAAACCUGGGCUAUUGAAUGAGAUUUCUCCCCCCACUCCACACCCCCACCCCCAGUAGGGAGGCAGCUGUCUUGUUGGGUAAAAAAUCUGGAUUACUUGGUUUUGUACCAGGCAAAUUAUCUAUGCAGAAAUGGGAUUGUUCACAUUUGGUGUUUUUAAUGUUUGCAGAAUAUGAUGAAUGUGCAGAAAAGAUUGCAGUUACUCUCAAACUUGUUACUCAGAGCAGCAGAAGGGAAAUCUGAGAUUGUGCAGAGGGCUGAAGUGAAAAGUUUUUGUUCUUUGGUGCUAGGUAGUUCUCUGGCAGAGACUCUUUUUAGAAGCUUAUGCACAGAAGAUUUUAAUAAAAAUCUAUGACUCUCACUACAAGGGGAGGAAAAUGGUAUUUCCCAGUGUAAUUAGAAGUAGGACAUAUGUUGACUUUAAUAAAACUACUAAAAACACCCCCUCACUUUUGCCUCUUGCCCCUACACAAAUGUUCCCUCCUUUGAUGCUUAGGGCAUCUGGGGGUAAAAAUUACAGAGAGUAGAAAGAAAUUUGGGCACCCUGUUGCUGCAUCUUCAAAUACAUUGCUGAACUAGCUUGAGUGUUUUCCCAGUUGUUUUUUGUUUUUGUUUUUUUUCUUUCCUUCUGUCAUUCUUCAAAAUGUAUUUGGUGGCUAGGAAUGUUAAUAGGAAGUGUUGCUUCAUAAAACUACGCUUCAUAAAAGAAUGCUUUCAGGACUGUUGUAGCCUAGCAUAAGUGAGCAAGGUGUAUAUGUGAAUGUAUAUAUGAAAAUAUGUGUAUAUCUUUUCAAACCUUCCAUUUCUUUAUAAAUUCAGGAAAGGUACUCAGAGGUUUCUCACUGCAUUUGCACAAGCUGUGUAUAGCAAAAAAAGUCAACAAAAAUGCUCAUUACCAGGGAAAUAGGGCAGUAUUGAAUCACAAGAUGUAUUUUUUAUUCUUCUCUGCCACUGCUUACUCAAUAACCUGUAGAUGCUCUUCACUGCUCAGCUGUCGGAUGUGAAGGGCCUACGGACUGUAAAGAUAUUUAUAUUUUUGUACACAAUUUUUGUUUUCAUAGUUUUCUUGACAAAUGAAGUUUUCAGCCUAGGAGAGAUGAUUUGUUAAUGAGUGUAUACACAAUCUUUUCCUAUCAAGUUUGUAAAUAUGAGUUACGGUGCGCUUGAGGGGCUUCUUUACCUGCUCCGAAAAGGUAGAAAACGUUGCCAUGAAAAGUAUACGGAAUUUGAUGUGCGUUUUCCUUUAUGUUUAGGAAUGUAAUCCCCUGUUUUACUGUUCCAGCAACAGCAGCUGGGAUUUCCCCCCCCACCCCGCCCCUGAAAUUCCCCAUCUUUGGUGAUGCAGUAAUGCAGGAAUUUCAUCUUCCCAGCACUGAGGUCGUGCAGGUGUUGAGAGCGAUGUUCCACGGUUCGGGAGCGGUGUUUGUACGCAGUGCAGCUGUACGCCCUGUUCAGUGAGCUGCAUCUUCUGGAUCUGUGUCUAGGUCGGAUCCACCAGGGGAUACAUGUACCUUGGGUGUUUCUUUGUCUUUUUGAUGAUUUUAUAUUAUGCUGCAGAGGAGAGAAGCCCUUCAAGCUCAGUAUGCACAAAGUUACUCCAGAACCUACAUAAAAAAGGUUCUUCACCUGGCCAUUCUAAAUGGUGUGGUUUAAAGCAGUUACGUCUAACUUUAUUGCCUUUUGCAUAUUUACUAUUUUAAUAUAAGUCAUGUAUUGGUGAUUUGGGAAAGAGAAUAUAGGUCAGCAUGAGAGUCAUGUAGGGUCUUACGGAUGUCACUGAAUGCCUUAGAAAUGGGAAUUUACAAUAUGAAUAAGUAUUUAGACAUAGCGUUGCUUAUUAUUACAGAAUUUUAACCUUCUAAAAUUUUAAACCAGUGGAAAUCUGGAGUAACUACCUUAGUUCAGUAGCACCACAUCAGACUUCAAUUUUAUUUACCUGGGAAUCUGGUUCUGAGCAUUUCUAAUAGGCUGAAGUUGCUUAUUUUUUACCUAUGGCAGUUUGUUUCGCCAAUAGAUUUCAUCCUCUGAUGCGUGAAACAGCACCCAGAACUGUGCUGUGAUUCCUUUCAAAUUCCUGAUCACCGACCUUUCUUUCUGCACCCCAUCCUUUUAUGCUUCCAAAUGGCUAAUUUAAAUAGAGAAUUCUGCUCAUCGCAGCUGAAUAUUUUUUAAAAGUACGUGUGCUUUGCACACUUCUGUGGGACAGAGAAAGCUGUAACAUGAAAACCACUCAAAUAUGAUCUAAAAUAAAUGCCGUACUUUGGAGGAUGUUUUGUCCAUUACCAAGGUAAUGGAAAAUACUCAGAUGUAUUUACUGUUUGGCACUGGGCUUUACUGCAAUAAAAAUGUACUGCAUAAAGAUGAGCAAAAAUUUUUGCUUCCUGAACAUGAUUACUAAAUUAACCAAGAACAGACCCCAGAUUUGGCUGCAAAAAGUGGUAGCUGGUGCAGUUCCAAGAAGGAUCUGUGAUGGGUUCUACCAGGCAAUGAAGCAUGUUCGAAAUGCUCUUAAGCCUUUGCUCUCCUUGUUCUGCCGUCUCAUGUCUGCAGCUUAAUAUUUUGCUAUGAAUUUAAAUGCUGACUUUUUUUUCGCUCUUUCCCCAAGCUCCCAUUGGUUUGGAACAAACCUUUUAAAGAUUAUAUAUGCUGUCUUUUGAGGCAAUAAUGCAAGAACAUGACACAUAAUGAAAAGAUUUUAGAAUCGGGAGGACAAAGGAAACCCCUGCAAGGCGCACGUUCUCACUAGACCAAGAGACCUGGAGAUUUUCUUUGUUUUUUACACAUCUGUAAAUAGACUGGAAUGUUUUUAAGAAUAUAAUGAAAUGUCAGAUCUAGCUUUUUUCCUUUUAUAUAUUAAAAUAUAUCUUUCCCCCUUUUCUGCUUUUGAAAAAUUGAUAUUUUUGUAGAAAUCUAACAGUACAGGACUCUUAAAUAACUGUAUGUGAGGGACAAAGUGUAAAACUAAAAUAAACCAAUGGAGGUCAACUAGAAACUGGCUUUGGAAGUUUAUUACAGGGAGGGAGAGGGAGCAGAAAUGAUGCGGUUGUGUGCUGCUGGUGACACGUGGCAUCAGACCUGAGCAAACAACACACACAUAUGCUCCGAGGCAGAAGUUUUGGCCACACAAACAUCUGGUUUUUGGUUCGAGUAAUCGGACAACUCUUGAGAUUUCUCUCUUUAGUCUCAAGGGCUCGUCUUGAGUCAGUAUGCAGGAAAUGUUACUGGUUGUAAAAAGGGAUUACGACUUGCUAAAUGCAGAAAAGGUACCGAAGGGGCUUUAUUUCUACCAGAAUGCAUCUUAAGCA